AUGGAAGUUUCAAUACUAUCGUCAUUCAAGGCAUACGCCGCAUACGUCGUGAUUGCCGUGGUGGUCCUUCGUCUAAUCACCAAUCGCUUCCGUAGGAGCCUUGCGGGAAUUCCAGGCCCCGCAAUCGCCAAAUGGACUCGUCUGUGGAAGUUGCACAGUGUCUGGAAGGGCGAUCACCACACUACCGCCAUUGACCUGCAUCGCAAGUAUGGACCGCUGGUGCGCAUUGGUCCGAAGCACGUAUCUGUUGGAGAUCCCAGUGCUAUUCCGAUCAUCUACGGUCUCAACAAGGGCUUUACAAAGACCGGUUUCUAUCCCAUCCAGUGCAUAUCAUGGAACAAAAAGCCACAGAUGAACCUCUUCUCCACCCGCGACGAGAUGUUCCACCGGGAACAAAAGCGGCCAGUGGCAAACGCCUACAGCAUGACCUCGCUGCUGGAACUUGAAUCCGCAGUAGACUCCUGCACCGAGAUAUUCAUCAAUCAGCUGGCGAGAUUCGCGAAUAGCAAGAAGUCCGUCGACCUGGGUAUGUGGCUGCAAUACUACGCCUUUGAUGUGGUCGGGGAAUUCACCUUUGCCAAGAAACUCGGUUUUCUGCAGGAGGGAAAGGAUGUCGACGGCAUGAUUGAAGCAAUCCAGGGGAUGCUGGUGUAUGCUAGUGUGUGUGGUCAGAUCCCCGAGGCUCACCCGCUGCUACUGGGGAAUCCGCUUUUCCCCAUAUUCAUGCCCAGCAUGGAGACAUGGAACCAGGUCCUGAAUUUCACUCUCAAGGCUAUCAAUUCGCGAGCAUCGCUGCAGCGAGACGGCGAGCUCGAUGCGGAGAAACCAGAAGCAGGAAAGGACAUGCUGUCCAGGUGGAUGGCCAUCCAUGUGUCUGACCCAGAGAAGCUUACCACCCGGGACGUCAUCGUCCAUCUGUCGACGAACGUGUUUGCCGGUUCAGACACCACUGCCAUUGCUCUGCGAGCUGUCUUCUACCUCCUCCUUCGUAACCCGUCCGUCCUGGCCAAACUGAACGCCGAGAUCGAUAAUGCCGACCGAGAGGGGAAACUAAGCCACCCGAUUUCCUACCGAGAGUCCAUGAAUCACCUGCCCUAUCUACAGGCCGUUCUCAAGGAGGCAAUGCGACUACAUCCAUCCGUGGGUUUGAUCCUCGAGCGCGAAGUGCCCAAGGGCGGGGUCACCAUCUGUGACAGACAUUUCCCCGAUGGAACCAUUGUUGGGAUUAACGCAUGGGUUCUCCACCGAGAUGCGCGGGUGUUCCCCGAUCCUGACAAGUUCAUUCCCGAGAGAUGGAUCGACAGCGACCCGCAGCACUUGAAGAAGAUGGAACAGAGCUUCUUCGCGUUCGGGGCCGGGUCUCGGACUUGCAUUGGUAAGAACAUUUCGCUUAUCGAGAUGCAUAAGAUUAUCCCGCAGCUUUUGCGGGAGUUUGAGAUCCGACUGCAUAGUCCAGAGAAGGAAUGGAAGACGAAAAAUGUAUGGUUUGUGCAGCAGGAGGGAUUAGUAUGUGAUCUUGUACGCAGAAGGGAUGUCAAGUGA